UCCUUGGCCAGGACUCUACUCUACUUACAUCUAGGAUGGCUGAAGAAGGAGGGGUGAUGCGAAUGUAUUCGACACCAACACAUCCGGGUCAAGAAUGUAUAAAACGUCGCAAGACUGCUCACAGGCCAUCUCAUUGGCAACCUCCUUGGCCCCGGAGUCGAGCGUACGAGGGCGCCCAUCACGGUCAUCAUGCUGAAUGCCGCCUUGGCAUAUCGUCGUCACAUCCGCCCACGUCCCCACCGGCCCUUUUGACGUCUCACGCAUCGCCCAACGCUUCGGCUCAGGCUUUACAGCAAGCGUGGCCGGGACCAUUCAGUCCCGCAAGACCCGGAGCUCAGCGGUAUACUUUUCGCUGCUUUUGCGGGCGCCUACAGGUGCUACAGCAGCACGCUCGCGGUGGCAUCGUACAAGUACAGCGUUCCAAGCUCAAUGUGCUCGCGACAGCAGCUCUGUCACGAGCACGUUGAGCUCAGAACGCGGUGCUCAAUAGUCGCCGAUGACUAAGGGGAUAGCAGCAGGGCCAUGCCUUGGUGGCGAAUUGACUUGGGCAUGUCCACAAUGCAAACAUCGAACGUCCUAGUGGGCAGCUAGGGUAGUCAACGCGUGGCCUAAAAGGAAUUGCUAGGUUUCAGUGAAGCAUUGGUUUCCUUGAGUAUGGGUAUGGUAGCCUAGAGGAUUGACGUGCUGACAACACUGCUAUCGGUAAGUAGUGAGGUUGUCAUCUAGGGAAUCAUCGCUCAAUGGACCUGCGUUAGUGGGAAAGGCGAUUGCAGGGAUGCGAGCGAUGUCCCAACUUUCGGCACUACUACUGAGGUCCUCCAUCCUGCAGACCGUAACAGGUCAAUGAUAUAGAUCACACGUGCAUGGAUGCUCGGCUCGCUUUGCGCUCUCAGGCUUUCAAUCGCGUACAGAGCCAUACCUACUCUGGGUUCCAAUACAUGAUGUAGAGGUUAACGGAGUCUAUCCGUAUAACGCCAGAGGGCAUAGGGCUUCUAGAUAUCGUCAUUUUUCAAGCAAUCU